UGUGAGUAUUGUAACAAAACUUUUAACUAACGAAAUAAAAUGCCGAACUAAAAUAGGAAAUACCACAAAACAUAAAAAUAUUAUUUAUUAUAUACAUAAAUUUGUAUGGUUUCGUUCGGUAUUUGUGUCAGUGUAUAUUUUACAAUACUCGUCAAGCUAUUGAGCGGUUACCUUCUUUUCGCUGCGAAUUUCGACGACUUCCAUACAAUCGCUAAAAAAUUAGUCGCCGAAAAUCUACCUGGAGUUUCAGCCAGAAAUUCUGUAUCCAGAGAUGCUUAUUACGAUUAUGAUAACGAUUACGAGAGAUCAUACGAAAUUAAGCCAAAGAGUCGCCAUUUAAAUACGAAACGCAAGAAAGCCAUAUCAGACGCUGAAAAUCCUCAAAUCGAUUUCGAAGAACUAGUUGAACGUGUCAAGAAAAGAAUCGAGAAAGAACUUAAAGACAAAUAUAUAAAUAAAGGAAAACAACGCAAUGAAAACGAAGCAGAUAAAUUUGAUGAUGAUAUUGAAUUAGUUAAUAAAUCAAUUAUUUCUGAAACCUUAAAGCAUAAAACAGAUGGCAAACCGAAAAAAUCAAAAGUGACACAAAACGUUGAAGAAUCUUCACCUUUAGAAGAUGACAUGGAACUCCCUGAUGACGUAACAGAUAAAUUUGAGAAAGACAUUUCAAGUAACACUCAAAUACAACAAGAUGUCAGAUACGAAUACGCUGAUGCUAUGUCUGAAACGACUACAAAUAAAAGGAAUAAAAAACAACAUAUUCAUAAAGAAAAACAUGUUAAUGAAUCACCCGCGAUUGAAAAUAACGAAGACAUGCCAUUUAAAAAAAUUAUAAUGUCUAAGAAAGAUAGCUACGAAGAUUACAAAAUUCCAGUUAAAGAAACAAAUAUUUACUCCAGUUCUGAAAAGGAACGUGAAAAAAAUGAUAAAAAAAAUAAAAGAUUUGAAAUAGAAAUGAACAGACAACAGAAACACAACGAAAAUACAGAAUAUAUAACAAGACUAACUAGAAUCAGCACGAAAAGGCUGAAACGUCACAGAAUUAAAUCUAGAUCGAAAAAGACAACGUCUAAAGAUUACACAGAUAAAAAAAAAUCAGAUGAGUUCGAAUCGAAAAGCAAACUCGAUCAAAACGAUGAUACGAUAAUACUAUCGAAGGAAACUACGAAGAGGACGAAAUUUGGUACAAAUAUACCAACACAUGAGAGGUAUAUGACUGUUACGCCAAAUUACAACGCAAGGAUACCAACAUUAGUUGAAAGAUACGAUUUUGAUGAGCCAUUGCCGGAGAAGGAUCGCGAAAGAGAGAACUUAAAAUACUAUGGCGACCCUUCAGCUCGUAUCAAUAAAAAAAUACGUUUGAUUUAAGCUUGUCAGUUUCAUUCAAGUAGAACAACUAAGGCGCGUGUAAGAGUUUUGUUAUCCUAUGCCCUUUUGAAAACUCUCAAAUGUGUUAGCAAAACUUCGUAUCGAUAUGGAAGUCUGAGAGCAGCUGUCAAGUAUACUUUUGACACCUGACAGCUGCCAGUGUGUUUUCAAAAUUUCAUAAUUAUUUGGAGGUGUGGGAACACUGUUAGGUAUUCUAUGCCGAAUUUCAAAAAUAAUAAUAUACAAAAAAUACGUAUGUAUAAAAUCUUUCAUAACUGGGAAACCUUUUUUUUCGCGGAGGAAAGGCAUUUAC